CCGUGCCGGGCGGGGAAACGGGAGAGCCUUUCAACACUUCGCGAGGCUUUAGGACGGGUUUAACCUAUUUUGUAUAAACGGUGGCGUCCCCUUGACGUGAUCGGAGGGUGUUAUUGAGAAAGCCGGAGCAGAAGCCGCGGCACGGGUAAGGAGUGCCCGGCGGAGCUUGGACUUCGGUUCCGGUUGCUUCAUCGCCGGGCCAGGAGACGGACAGGAAGGGCUCUUAGCGAGCUCAGAUUGCCCCGCACGCUGCAGGCGAGCGGCGCCCGGAGGAGAGGGUAAGGAACAGCGUCGGUCGCUGGAGGAGCGCCAGGAAAACCGUCGAGCUCCAGAGAAAGGCCAGGCGGGAGACGCAUUCAGAAUGGCUUCUCCAGCUCUUCUCAUGCGUGUGGUUGCCUCUGCCUACUCUGUUGCAGAAAAAGCUGCAACAAUUGUUAGAAAUGUAAUGGCUACAGGAGACCUGGGGAUAGUUGAGAAGACUGGAGCCAAUGACUUGCAGACCAAAGCUGACAGACUGGUACAAAUGAGCAUUUGUGCUUCCUUGGCACGGAAGUUUCCCAAGGUGACAAUUAUAGGAGAAGAAGAACUGUCUAGUGAUGAAGUAAGUGAGGAAUUAAUUGAAGAUGGCCACUGUGAGGAAAUACUGAAGAAAGCUUGUCCUGCUCAGUACUCAGGAAUUAAAGAGGAAGAGCUUGUAAUAUGGGUUGAUCCCUUGGAUGGAACCAAGGAGUACACUGAAGGUCUCCUUGACCACGUAACAGUUUUAAUUGGAAUUGCUUAUGGAGGCAAAGCAAUAGCAGGAGUUAUUAACCAGCCAUAUUACAACUAUGAGGCAGGAGCUAAUGCAGUGUUGGGCAGGACAAUCUGGGGAGUCCUGGGCAUAGGUGCCUUUGGAUUUCAGCUCACAGAAGCACCUGCUGGGAAACACAUUGUUGUUACCACUCGUUCUCACAGUAGUGCCCUGGUGAACGACUGCAUCAGUGCCUUGAACCCAGACAGUGUUAUCAGAGUUGGAGGAGCAGGAAACAAGAUCAUUCAGCUUAUAGAAGGCAAGGCAUCUGCUUAUGUAUUUGCCAGUCCUGGGUGCAAGAAAUGGGAUACAUGUGCACCUGAAGCUAUUCUACAUGCUGUGGGAGGCAAGAUAACUGAUAUGCAUGGGAAUUCAUUUCAGUAUAAUAAGGAAGUGAAACACAUGAAUUCAGCUGGGGUCCUUGCCACUCUGAGAAAUUAUGACUAUUACGCCAGUCGCAUUCCUAACACAGUUAAACAAUCUCUUGUGCCUUAAAGCACUAAAACUUCUUCACUUGGAAGGCUGAGAGAGUGAGCUUGGUGGAAAAGAAAGCAAGCAGAUAACUGAGCUUGAAAUUUUGUUUUAUAGAAUCCAAACUGAAUUCUUACAUUAAGGUGUUCAAUAAUUUCAAAAUGACAUACAGAAUCUCUAGAUGUAUGUUGGAUGAGAUUCUUUUGCUAUGUUGAACAGGUAACAUCAAAACAGUCAAAAUCCUUCAGUGUGUUCUUUGGGAAUAUUCAUUUGUCAUGCCUGUGCUUAAUAUACUGCUAAUCGUAACACUGCAGUCCAAAAAUCAUCUUAAAAUUCAGGGCAGAAAACAAUGUUAAAUCAUUUGCCUGGUCUUGAUCAAUGAGUUUCGUUGCAUGCAGUCAUCAGCAAGGGUUUAUUGUGUUAAAUACAAACAAGCUGAGAAUUUAGCUGGGUGGAUAAUGCAAUUUUAUAAUAAAGCUGACAGUUUUGAUUCUUAGAAA